CACCACAGCUUAGCAGCAACCACCAGUGCCUUACACACUCUCGAUCAACAAACUCUACCCGAUUAGUUGCAUAGCAAGCAAUGGGGUGCUCCAAAACCCUAGUAGCUGGCCUGUUUGCCAUGCUAUUCCUAGCCCCGGCCGUCCUGGCCACCGACCCUGAUCCUCUCCAGGACUUCUGCGUCGCCGACCUCGACGGCAAGGUGGUCUCGGUUAACGGGCACACGUGCAAGCCCAUGUCUGAGGCCGGCGACGACUUCCUCUUCUCGUCCAAGCUGGCCAAGGCCGGCAACACGUCCACCCCGAACGGCUCCGCCGUGACGGAGCUCGACGUGGCUGAGUGGCCCGGUACGAACACGCUGGGUGUGUCCAUGAACCGCGUGGACUUUGCGCCUAGAGGCACCAACCCGCCACACAUCCACCCGCGUGCCACCGAGAUCGGCAUCGUGAUGAAAGGUGAGCUCCUUGUGGGAAUUCUCGGCAGCCUCGACUCCGGGAACAGACUCUACUCCAGGGUGGUGCGCGCCGGAGAGACCUUCCUCAUCCCCCGUGGCCUCAUGCACUUCCAGUUCAACGUCGGUAAGACCGAGGCCUCCAUGGUCGUCUCCUUCAACAGCCAGAACCCCGGCAUCGUCUUCGUGCCGCUCACUCUCUUCGGCUCCAAUCCUCCUAUUCCGACGCCGGUGCUCACCAAGGCGCUCCGAGUGGAGGCCGGGGUCGUGGAACUUCUCAAGUCCAAGUUCACCGCUGGGUUUUAAUUCCCGGGAGCCUUCCCUGAAAUGAUCAAUAUCUAAUUCAAUUUAUGCAUGGUAGCAAGAUUUAAUAAUUCUCAGCAGAACACAUGUAGUCAAGCUUGGGAUUAAUUUGGCAUGCAGUUGUAAUAAAAUUGAAUAAGUUAGCCUCAGGGUUUAGCCUUCAGAACCAAUAUGAGGAAUCGAAUGUACUACUUUUUAUUGUCGUCUUUGUCCUUUCAUUGGACGGAAUAUAUAAUUAGCAUUUUCGUAUA